AUGGCGCCUAAUCUUGACGCCCAAGGCAACGAGAUUAAGCAUCCGAAUGCGCAAGGAAAUAUUCUCGCUAAUGGGAAAUUUUCGUGUGGGAUCGGCAAUUGUAACGCCGAAAUGACGAACGCCCACCACAACAUCAGUUCUCAUAUAUCUAAGAAACACCGUGUUAACUCGGCGUUCCUCCAAGCGGAUGCCAUCAAUAGGCGUCGCUGCGGCAUUUGUGGUUACAGUGCCAUAAAAUUUCAUCUCCUGGUCCAUCAUGUCCGCACCAAGCAUGGCUUUCGUGGUAGCUCUAAGGUCCUUAAGGAUCAGUAUGCCACUACCCAGGUUGGCGACAAGAUCCAAAUUCCGGCCGAUCAGUGUACCGCAUAA